GAGAGUCAUUCCUAUUGAAAGGCAUUCAUAUAGAGAGCUCAGUUGGCCUCUCAAGAGUUUAAGCUGGGUUUGGACAGCCCGUUUUCCCUCUGUUUGGAAAAGUGGAAAUUCCUGAAGUCACUUCACUUCAGGUUUCUGGUGGGGAUUUAAACAUGCAUGCAGAGACUUUGGUGAACUCCGUCUUAGUUUCUAUGCUUUUGAUUUUGCUCUCUGGCGUUGAAGAAACUUUACUGCAGUCACUGAGGCAGGUGGGUGGAGAGUGUAAGAUCUCCGCCGAAUCAUCACAGAGGCGCUGUCGGACCUCCGACGGGUUGAUCUGUAGUGGGAGAGGCGAAUGUGAAUGUGGGAUUUGCAUAUGUCAGGUCACGGAACCCGGAACGUUUUAUGGACCGCGAUGUGAAUGCAAUGACUGGGUCUGUCCGACAUAUGAUGGAAAGUGGUGUGGAGAUCACGGACUGUGUAAAUGUGGAAAGUGUUUCUGUGAUGAAGACUGGUUUGGGGAAUCUUGUCAGUACCAAGAAGAAUGUUCCCUCUCCACGAAAACCAGCAAAGACCUCUGCCGAAAUGCCCAGGGUGUAGUUUGCUCCAACGCAGGCACCUGUCACUGCGGCAGCUGCAUGUGCAAAGACCCAGAUGGGAAGGGUCUGAUCAGCGGACGCUACUGUGAGUGUGACGACAGCGAGUGUUUAGAUGAAGACUCUGGAGAAGUGUGUGGAGGCCAUGGAAAGUGUUACUGUGGAAACUGUUACUGCUCGGCUGGUUGGCAUGGAGAUAAAUGUGAAUUCCAGUGUGACAUCAGCCCAUGGGAGAGUAAACGUAGAUGCACAUCUCCAGAUGGCAAGAUCUGCAGCAACAGAGGGACAUGUGUAUGUGGUGAGUGCACCUGCUAUGAUGUGGAUCCUUCAGGAGACUGGGGAGACAUCCACGGAGAGACCUGCGAGUGUGAUGAAAGAAGUUGUCAUGCCACGUAUGACAGAUACUCGGAUGAUUUCUGUUCAGGUCACGGCCAGUGUAACUGUGGCAGGUGUGACUGCAAGGAGGGAUGGGCUGGGAAGAAAUGUGAUCAUCCUCUCUCCUGUUCACUCGCCAUUGAGGCCAGUCUGAAGAAGUGUCGGGGAACCUCCAACCUGCCUUGUUUCGGCAGAGGACAGUGCUCAUGUGGCCAGUGCACCUGUCAUCCACCAGGAGAUAAACGUGUACAUGGCAAGAACUGUGAGUGUGAUGACCGGCAGUGUGAGGACAUGAACAGAGAGGUUUGUGGAGGCCAUGGCUUCUGCUCGUGUGGCCGCUGUAUCUGUAGUGAUGGAUGGUUCGGAAAGCACUGCCAGUUCCCCCGCAGCUGUGAUAUGACGGACGAGCAGAGCAAGAGCCAGUGCGAGACGACCGACGGCGUUCUAUGCUCCGGAAAAGGCUCCUGUCACUGUGGCCGUUGUAUCUGCUCGCCGCAGGAGUGGUACGUUUCGGGAGAAUUCUGUGAAUGCGACGACAGGGAGUGCGACAAACACGACGGGCUGGUUUGCACAGGGAACGGCGUGUGCAACUGUGGAAAUUGUGAGUGCUGGGAUGGCUGGACAGGAAACGCCUGUGAAAUUUGGGUAGGAGAGGAGUAUUAAACCCGUUGGACAUUUAAAGACUAGUUGUGUUUUUAAUCCUACGCAAAAGGAGGGAGAAUUUAUUCUGAGGAGAUUUGGGUUUCAUCACAAAUGCUUUAAAUUACAAAUGUGUGGUUUCUUCAGCACUAGAUGAACAAAACAGCUGCAGGGUUUGGUUUUGUUUUAAGGCAGAUGACUUCUAUAAUCCUCUAUAGAUUUCUAUGCAACUAUAUAAAUAUACAGAGGCGGAAAAAAAUAAGAGACCACUCCUUUGGACCAUGUUUUCCCCAUUUCAAUUUUCAGCGAAUAAAUGCAAAUAAAAACACAUACAGCGGGUGAAAUAAGUAUUGAACACAUCACCAUUUUUCUCAGUAAAUAUAUUUUUAAAGGACAAGUUCGGUAUUUUACACUUAAAGCCCUGUUUUCACAUUGUGUAUGAUGAAAUAGAACGGUUUUGAAUAAAAUUUGGACAUAUGAUGCUGGC